CAGUCAUGUGAGCAGGGAAAAUGUAAUACAAAGAAUUAUUAACUAGCAAAAGGUGGAUAACUACUAAAAAGGGAUACAAGAGAACUCUAAGAUAUCCAAAAGUAGUAAGUCGGGGGGAAAAAGUAGCUACUGCCUCAUGGCUGAAGAAGAGCACACACUGAAGGGACUUAGGGUUUAGGAGAUACUUCCCUCCCUCCUCCUGCUCCUGACAUGCCCCUUCCCCACCCCCUUGCCCCAAAAGACUGAGCUAAGACUUUUUAAAGAGGGUAUGACUACCACAGGAAUACACAGUCUGCUACCACGGGGCAAGGCCAGAGCUCCAUGGAAGUGGUCACUGGAUGGGGAGGCUGUGUAUAGCCUGAGUGUGUGACUGUGGUUGGUCCACUGAGGUCCGUUGAGAUGAGUGCUACUGGCCCUUCCAUAACCAGCCCACUGGCUCUCAAGCUGAGUAACUGAGGACAGAGGAUGAAGCCCCCACAAAAGUGCCUUCCUGCUGCUAUCAUUACAGUGCCCCUCUAUCACUCUCUAUUGAUAAUGUCUCACAUUGCCAGCUGCCACAAGAGAAAUGUUUACAGGGUAAGGAGAGGUUUGUAGCACACCCAGAGAAAUGAUCCUUCAGACAGAGGGGAAGGCCACCUCUACAAGUUUGGGGGCUAGAUCUGAUAUAGUGUAAAUUGACUGUUGCUAGACAUGCGAGUGACCAUUUUGUUCAAUGAGGGGUGGGGAGUAAGACUGGGGAGAUUGCAUAAGAGCAUUUUAUUGUUAUUUAGUGUUUUAAGGCAUUGUGUAAGAUGCUUCAUACAUAUUGCCCCUACUCCUCAUUGAAACCCUGAGAGAUGAGUGUUACUAGCCACAUUUUAUAGAUGAGGAGACUGAGGUUCAGAGAGGUUAAGUAACUGGUUCAAGUCAGCCCAGAAUUAAAAUCCUAGCCUGUCUGCCUCCAGUUCUUACUAGACUACCAUACCUUAGAUGACAUUUAAACGAAUGUGAUUAUCCUAUAGGCCCACCAUGUGGAUGCUUCCAGGGCAGAACCAAAGCUGGGUUUCUGAAUUUAUCCUGCUUGGCUUCUCCAGUGACCCCACAUCCAACAGGCUCCUCUUCAUUGCCUUCCUUCUCCUCUACCUGAGCUCAGUCCUUGGCAACGGGCUCAUUGUCAUCCUGAUAUGCCUGGACAUGCACCUCCACACUCCCAUGUACUUCUUCCUGUGUAUCCUCUCCUUGCUGGAUAUGGGCAACGUGUCCACCACCGUGCCCCAGAUGCUGGUGCAUCUUCUCACUCAACCUCAGACCAUCUCCUUUGCUGGCUGUUGGCUGCAAAUGUAUAUGUUUGGUGCCCUGGGCCUGACUGAAUGCAUUUUCUUUGUAGUCAUGGCUUAUGACCGAUAUGUGGCCAUCUGCUACCCUCUACGUUAUACUGUCAUCCUCAGCUGGGACCUGUGCACAUGGCUGGCAGCUGGGACCUGGGCCUGUGGUUUCUUCUUCUCUCUGAUCCAUACGUUUUUCACCAUGAGCCUGCCAUACUGUGGGCCCAACUUGGUCAACCACUACUUCUGUGAAGGUCCCUCAGUACGAAGCUUGGCUUGCAUGGAUACUCACCUCAUUGAGAUGGUGGACCUGGUCAUCAGUGUCUUCAUGGUUGCUGCCCCACUCUCACUCAUUCUGGCCUCCUACAUACGUAUUGCCCAGGCCAUUCUCAAGAUCAAGUCCAUGCAGGCCCGCUACAAGGCUCUCUCCACCUGUGCUUCGCACCUGACUGUGGUCACAUUCUUCUAUGCUCCAGGCACCUACAUCUAUAUGAGGCCCAAUUCCAACUAUUCCCCUGAGCAAGACAAGCAGAUAUCACUCUUUUAUAAUGUCUUCACUGCCCUGCUCAAUCCUGUGGCUUAUAGUCUGAGGAACAAGGACAUUAAGGAGGCUUUUCUCAAAGUGAUGGGGAGAGGUAGAGUGGCCUGGUGAGCCUAGGGACCUGGGAGGGACCUGGGGUAGAAUGUCCAAUGCUGAGGAAAGGAACAGUGUCUAUGAUGUAUAAAGCCAACAUUAUACAUUUAAACCAAUAUA